AUCAUUUAUUACAAAAACAAAUGUAACCUAAACUUCCCUGUAACGAAUAUAGAUACUCCCCUCCCCUUCCCUCUUUCCGUCACUCCGCGCGUCCUCUCUGUUUCUACGAUCGGGCACCGUUAAGCAAUAGAAUACAGUUCUGCUAUUCAUACGUGAGGUUAUUUGGCCACGGAGUUUGACAAUCUCGCAGUUUCUUCUUUGGACCAUGUGACACGUCAUUGGCGAUAGGGGGGUCUCCGGAAUCACAGAACUUCAAAGUCUUUACUGAUAUCUAAACAACUCGAGGGCUUACCCGCUUCUCUCGGGGAGAACCGGGUUAGAAAAGCGCAUUGGAGGCGAACAGGGGACAGAGCGAGAGAGCAUGAUGUCCGCGGCCGUGGACUAAUUGAGAAAACGUGGAAUAAGAUAUCUGGCCAACGUGCAAGUAGGGUUACCGGUGCUAUCAUAAAUGCUGACCGAACAACUUUGAAAUGCUUGUUCACAAUGUCCAUUAUAUUUUUUGGGUAUAGUUGCGGCCAGAGAUAUGGCUUGAACAUUAUUUGAUAGCAGCUGUAAUUAAAAGUUGCUGCGUCUUUUAUGAAUGAGUAAGAUGUUGGCUACUUUUUAAAAUGGCAUUUCCAGUUACAGUGUAGCCUAUACAAAUACUUCGUACAAUCGUGUAUUCUGUUAUCACUGAUAGAACGUAACAGCAACGUAGAAAGAACGUUAUGUAUUUCACGGGUAGCUUACUGUACUACUUUAUGUAGCCGUAGACGCGUGCUGGUAUGCCACACAUGUAUGUGCGUGGUGCUUAUAUAUAAUUCAAGUAAAGGUAGAUUAUUAUAAUAAAACUAUGCUGUCUAUAAUUAUUUGUAAGGUAAACUAUUAUUAUCGGUUGCAACUCAGGACGAAAUCGUAUAGCCCACAUUUCUCGUCGGAUCAAAUACAUUGACAAGCACGACUUUCCAUGAAUCGAAUGAAGAACAAUAUAAAUGGUAAAUAUUACAUGAAAAUUAAAGACUGAAUAAUUUUCACGUACUUACAUAACUUAUUCACACUGAUAAUGUUAGGAAGCCCAUCGAAUAACGGCGGUAUUAGAAUGUUGACUCCCCCAGCUUCAAACGACGACAGACGGGUAGAGUUUGUCGCUCUCACUGCUGUUCACACGGAGAGAAGCGAGCCGUCUACCCCGGAGCGUGGGCACCCUUCUCACCGCACCGGACUUCUCGGUACUCCUAUACCCGUGCCACCUGGACCCCGGGCGUCUGCCUCAGCCUCAAGCAAGCGCUACAGAAAGUUGCAGAACUGCCUGUACAAUGUUCUGGAGAGGCCGAGAGGAUGGGCUUUUAUAUACCAUGCAUUCAUUUUCCUGCUGGUGUUCAGCUGUCUGGUGCUGUCUGUCUUCUCCACCAUCCCUGAUCAUCAUAAAUUUGCCAACGAGGCGCUCUUCAUCCUGGAGUUUGUGAUGAUCGUGGUGUUUGGACUGGAGUACUUCAUAAGGGUUUGGGCAGCAGGAUGCUGCUGCCGGUACAGGGGAUGGCAGGGUCGUCUGCGAUUCGCCAGGAAGCCCUUCUGCGUCAUAGACUUCAUCGUGUUUGUGGCGUCGGUGGCGGUGAUCGCGGCCGGCACGCAGGGGAACAUCUUCGCCACGUCUGCCCUGCGCAGCAUGCGCUUCCUGCAGAUCCUGCGCAUGGUGCGCAUGGACCGGCGGGGCGGCACCUGGAAGCUGCUGGGCUCUGUGGUGUACGCCCACAGCAAGGAGCUCAUCACUGCCUGGUACAUCGGCUUCCUGGUCCUCAUCUUCGCCUCGUUUUUGGUUUACCUGGCAGAGAAGGACAUCAACACGGAGUUCACCACCUAUGCUGACUCCCUCUGGUGGGGAACUAUAACUCUCACCACAAUCGGUUACGGGGACAAGACUCCGCGUACCUGGCUGGGGCGGCUACUGGCAGCGGGGUUCGCUCUGCUAGGCGUGUCCUUCUUCGCCCUCCCUGCAGGAAUCCUGGGUUCUGGCUUUGCCCUGAAAGUACAGGAGCAGCACAGGCAGAAGCACUUUGAGAAGAGAAGGACUCCAGCAGCCAACCUCAUCCAGGCUGCUUGGCGUCUCUACUCCACCGAUGUUAAGCGCUCCUAUCUCACAGCUACCUGGUACUUCUACGACAGCAUGUUACCAUCAUUCAGAGAACUGACACUACUGUUCAGUCACCUGCAGCGACAGCGUAGUGCCAAGAAGGUCCUUCACAACUCCUACCAAACUCUCCUGUCCGGGCUCAAGCCCUACAGCUCCCCCUACCUGUCGGGGGACAGGAGGGAUGAAGUCACGUGCAGUCAAAUGAUUUGUAAAAAGCGGGGUCUCUUCCGGAUUCACGCGGGCCGCAAGCAGAGUGGGAAGAUGGGGUUUCGGGAUCGAAUCCGGAUGAACAACUCGCGUUCAUCCCAGGGGAUACGCGGUAAGGCAUCCCCACUGCCCCCGGGGGGGGUCCGUCGUACCCCAAGCUCAGAGAACGUUCCGGAGGCCACCAGUCCAGGAAAGGUCCAGAAGAGCUGGAGCUUCAACGACCGCACCCGUUUCCGAACCUCCCUGAGGCUGAAACCCCGCCCCGCUGCCGAAGUGGAGGGCACAGGGGAGGAGAGCACGGAGGACAAGGCAUACUGUGACGUGGCCAUGGAUGAGGUGAUUCCCGCAGUGAAGACUCUGAUUCGGGCUGUCAGGAUUCUCAAGUUCCUGGUGGCCAAGCGCAAGUUUAAGGAGACGCUGCGUCCGUAUGAUGUGAAGGAUGUGAUCGAGCAGUACUCCGCUGGACACCUGGACAUGCUGGGCAGGAUCAAGAGCUUGCAGACCAGGGUCGACCAGAUUGUGGGCCGAGGAUCAAUUCAGCCUGACAAGAAGGUGCGUGAGAAGGGCGAGAAGACGCCUCCCGAGAUGGACCCUAUGGACGAGCUAAGCAUGAUGGGACGUGUAGUGAAAGUGGAGAAGCAGGUGCAGUCCAUCGAGAACAAGCUGGACCUGCUGCUGAACUUCUACACGCAGUGCGUGAAGAAGGGCUCGUCCAACUUCACCCUGUCGUCCCUGCUGGAGCCCGACCUCACCUCCGAUUACCACAGCCCCACCGACCACCGCGAGCUCUUCCCCUCCGCCAACACGCUCACCAUCUCCCGCUCCGAGAGCGGCGGUACCAUGGACUGAGCGGAGAACCCCCCCCCCCCCCCCCCGGAGCGGCAGCCAGGGUGGGCCUCGCUCAUCCAAACCCAGCCAGGACUGAGCAGGAGGCACAAGCACAAUGUUCCCCCAACAACCCCACUUCACACUGCUAUUCUAUCACCCCAACCCUUUACUCAUCCACUCCACCCUUACCUCAACCCCCCAGCCCUCUUUUUAACACUCACUUCACCAUCUAUCUCUCUCAGCAAAAUGCUUCACCUCUUUUCAUGCCCUAUCCCCUUCCCCUUCUCCAAACCGUCUUUUCGUUUCUCUCUAUUCUUGACUCCUAACCCUCAACACCUUGAACUGUCUCCUUCCUCUCUUCAUUGCUCCCUUCUCCCCUCACCCUCUCCAUGGCAACCCCAUGCACCAGCAAGGCUUGCCGGGAGAAACACAGCCCUGCUCCAGUUUUGAGGCUGUAAUUAAGACUUUUUUCCACCAGGGGGCAAUGCCUGAGCAGAGACACUGUAAAGUCCGCUCACUGAAUCUUCCUCUCUAGAUCUAAAUCUCUGACUGGAGGGGGAUAAACGCUACCUGACUACUGAUAUGCAAGCACUGUUUUACACACCUCUCCUCAUCAGUUUUUCUUUUUUCUUACUUCCAGCAUCUGUGGACACACACACAGACACACACUGUACAAUGUCAACUGUCUUUUGAUGAUUUUAUUUGUUUUUGAUUAUUUGUUUCAGAUUUCAUUUAUUAGAGUUCCUACAUGUUUAUGUUUGCAAUCAAUAGACUGCCUAAAAAUUUUUAAACUAUUUUUUGGAGUCGUGAGUAGUGGGGUUGGACAUAUUUUUUUCCAUUUUGGCAGAAAUCGAUUUCCUCACGAUUGAAAUCUGCACUUUUCUGCCGAAACACAGCGAUCAGACCAUGGGCAGCCAUUGAGCCUCAGAAGAAUGUAAUCACUGCGCCUAAGCAGCCGAAGACAUCGGCCAGAAGGAGGCAAACACCUUCUCUUACCGUCCCCUCCUGAACCUUUCCGCAUGGCCCCGGCGCACCCGCUAAACCGGUCCUGAGGGAAACGAUCCAUACUGACAGAACCUCAGUUCCCACGCUGGGAGAGGAGGAAUCAUCACCUUGUGGAGCUGAUGGAGUUGCAAUUUCCUGCCACUCAGGUCUACGUUUCAGCAUUAAGAAGCCCACUGUGCAAAAAAGAGAGAAAAAAAAAACCUUGCAAUACUCCUUUAAUAUAAACUGGUGGCAUGCAUGAUUGUGAAAGGGUGGGUUAUAGAGGUCUACACGACAGAGUAUUGAUAUUUUCCAAGACCAGAGUGCAAUUAAUGGAGAGGUUUUGUCACCUGAGUGUUUGGAUGCAUGCGUUCCAGGCUGCAGACAUUAGGCACGACUUGCAUGCACGUCCUCUGUAGCCAACUUUUGAGGUUCGACGGAAUCCGGGUCAGAAAAGCCGGGUAUCGGACACACUUUUCAGUCUUUUGCCUUCAUCAUUUCUCUUCAUCCUCACUUCCAUACUGCGGAGGUUCAGUACAAAUUUGUAUAACCAUAGUAUUUAGAUCCCCAGACAUUCUGGGCUCAGUGAAAAGGUGCACUGUUCAGGUGAUUCAAGGAUCAGGGAAUGUGCACAUGUGUUGAUUCAAAAAAAGAGAGAUAUCUUCUUUGCACCUUUCUGUUUUCACUUUGAUUUACCUUGUCAUUGCUGUUUUCAUGGCCAGGUAUAAAGAUGGGAAUGUCUUUAAGAUCAUUACAGGUUACUGUGAUGAUGGGUAUAGUAAUAGUAAUGUGCCUAAGCUACAUGACACUAAGCCUGCCUAGUUUUGAUUUCACUUUGUUUCACUUUUUCAGUUAAUUUGCAGGGCACCUCUGGAAUGUUUUUCUAAAUGCAAACAUUUCAUUUUCUUUUCAGAUAGACUUUAAGCCUUUUGCUUGGGAAAACUAUAUAUGCCUAGCUUGUCUCUAGUAGGCAAGAAAGAAGUUGACUGAAUGUCUGGAAUUUAUCUCGACAAACUUGAACUCCCAUUUCCGUAUGUGUGUGUGUACAGUAUGUAUGUAUAUGCGUGUGUAUGUAUGUAUGUAUGUAUGUAUGUCUGCAUCCUAAGGAACAUUUACUUCUGAACAAGAAAUACUGUCUGCAUUCAUAUCGAUAGCAUUGCUCGGUAUGUAUCAAAGACCACAGUACACUGCGUAGCCUAGAGAACUAUUCCACAUCAACUAUAUUUUCCGCAUAAACCAUAUGUUUUAGCAUUUAGCAUUGAGUUUAGCAAAGGUUCUCUCUUGUAGUGGCAUUUAAUCACAGAAAUGGACAGAACUGGAAUACACAGGUCCAACAGUCUAUACUUAACACACAAACACCACAGCACUUUAAUCAAUAAUUUAUGGAAGAAAAUACUUGUUCUAGAAUGUUGCUCUUUUUAAUUCUGUUUUCUUUUGGGCUGUCUCUUUCUCAGAUUAUCAUAUACUUGGGUACUCUAGAAAAGCCUCAAUAUUUUUCCACUGUUUUAUUUUUUUAAAUAAAUCCAGAUAUUGAAAGCCAUUGUAAUACUUAACUGAUGUUAAACAUGAAAUGUCCCUUUAUCUCUGAAUUGAUAUUCAGAAAAGUUCAAUAAAUCUAGUGCUUAUGAGUGACAAUAACUU